UUUUUUUAAUGUCAUCACAAGUAUUGAGUAUGUUUCCGCAUUCACAAGUUUCCUUUGAAGUCGUUAGUUUCUCAAGCGUGGGUGUCGUCUGUCCUGUUUUAGAAAGGUAUAGCCUGCUCAAAUGUUCUUUAACCCCCUCAUAUAAGCAUGCAUCACGCAUUAUUAGUUUAAAAUUGUCGAUAGUUAUCAUUCAUUCUUAUCCAUCUCAUCCAACCGAGCCAUCUAAUGUCUCCUAAUUAACAAUAUACUGAAGCAGGGCACUGUGAUUUGGGGAAGGUACCGCUGAGAUCUCUGUUUUGGAGAAUGUUGCUUAAGUAAUUUCAACUUAAAGGUAAAGAAAAUACACAAUUUGGGUGUCUGAUACAGUUGUCCAAAAUAAACUCCCAUUCAGAGCGCUAUAAGUCGUGGCCUAUAUGUAGGGCUAAAGCUAGACGGUGUGGUCACUGUGGUAACGCCAGUUCAAUUUGUUAUCAGUUUGUUGUUUUGAAUAUUUUCACAUUCCAUGAUCAUAUCAUAUUUUUAUGUUGGCCAGCACAAUGCUGUGUCGAGGUAGCAGAUAGAUCAUAUAAUAUUGUAACUUGAGAGACCAGAGACCCACAGUUUCGUCUUAUGUGUCUUUUGACUGUGUCUGAUUCAGUUAUUAUGUUUAAUAGAUGUACACCCAAGGCUUAUGUUAAGUACUUCUGGGGUUUUGUUUUCUGCGCUUUGUGCCACUGAAUGCAGGCACAAAGUUCAGGAGGUGAUAGCAUGCUCUGAGCUGAUACCUCAUCCCUGCUCGCUUGCUCUCUCUCUCUCUCCUUCUCGCUCCUGCGUUGGUAGACUGGGCACCUGACGCCGAGUAACAGACAUAGAGAUACUCCGUGCGGACAAACCAGCACCGAGAAUUUAAAGAUCGAUACAGAGUCCUGAACCUUCAUCGCCAAGCUUCUAACUCUGAGACUCUGUAAUAGACACCAGUAAAAAUGGCUGAUGUUGGGCUUUUUUUUUUGCUGUAUUCAUUAGCUGAGCGUUACGUAGCGAAGGCUGUAUACGAAUACAAUAAAAAUCAAUCAGUCUGAUGGGUUUAUCGGUUCCUUGAUAAAAUUGACACUUCACAUCAUACCGCAGUAAAAGCUUUUUAAUUGGAAUGACUUCCAACAGAAAAUAUAAAAGUUGUCCCUGUAUGUCAACAAAGACAAAAUCGAAUUAUUUUUGUUCAAAGAUAGCCAUUGUUGUGUUACGACCGGCUACCUCACAGUCUGAGAUUUUUGACAUGGAUCACCUGUUUAAGCCGUUUUAUACGUACUUUGUGUCUGGACACACAUAGGAUAAUAAAUGUUGACGCUGAACUGAGCUUUUGCUACUCUUAUCAGGAAAGGCCUUCUCUUUUGUUCAUUUUUAAGAUAACCUCUGGGGAAAGGGAAAAAACGCUCCUUCGUCACCGUGACAGAGUGGGCUUUAAAAGUCCGAGUUUGAGGAAGCAGCGUGGUUAAAUAUUUGUAAAGAAUUAACGGACCGUCGAAAGCGUGGGAAACAAAGGCUCUUUCAGCUGGGGACAGAAUCAGAAACCAUUACAGUGCAAAUACAUUAAGUACAGUGGGGAAUGACUGAGGACGAAGAUCACUAUAACCGUGCUGCUUGUUUGCAGCGGUGAAGUGGAAACACGGCUUUCUGAGAGGGAAAAUAAUGGGCAUGAAGGGGUGAGGGACAGGAUGUUUACGUGCAUGCUUCACAUGCUGUUCAUUUUUCUGUGACGUGUCCUGUGAAUCAUGACCCCAAACAGAGAACAAGGAUGUACGACGCAUCCCAGUAUUCCUGUCCCUCCGCAUUCCUGCUCAUCCCAGCAGUCCUGUACCUCCGCAUGCUUGCACAAUCCCACGUAUUUAUUCACAUUUUUCCACUACACAUUACCUCCAUCUAAGUGCCGCAUAGUGCGUUAAAGCAACACUAAGGUUUUGAUAUUUCGUUAUUUAUCCGUACAGUUUUUGUGCCUCGUAUUCUCUGUCUUAUUCUAUAGGACAUACAAUCUACUCUUUACAGCGACGCAAAUCUUUCCUUAGCCGUUUCCAAAUGACAUUUGUGUAUCCGUUACAGGACCAGACAUAAUUUGCGGACGGAAAAUUCUUUUAGGUGCAAGCGUCUCUUGACGUUGUGAAACCUUCAUUUCUUUUUAAAAAAAGAAAAAAAAACCCUACGGUUCCCCGUUUUGAAGUCUCAGGCAAAGAAGCUCCUCCUUGCGCCUGCCCACGCGUAAAGCAGCUAUUGCGCCUUUCGGAUGUGCGCCUUUGACGCGGCACCAGAGAAAGCGCGUCUCCCCACAGCCUCUCCGUUCCUGAAAGUGAACGCCAUAUACCGAGAAGGUUAUCGUUUUCUCUUUUCGGGAGCACGGAGAGAAUCGACUGACAGCACGGCAGGAUGUCGCCGAUUUCUGACCUUCACUCCAGCGAUGAUAUCUAACCUCUUGGUGACAGCUCUCUGGCUGGCUCUGCAACCACCUACAGCGUGGGCCGAAGGUUCCGUGGUGGCGGGACCACGCGAUGUCCAUUUUCACUCUGUGAACCUCUGGAACAGACUGCGCUGGACCCGAGCACAGGGGUCUCUAUCCAAGAGCACCACCUACACCGUCGAGUAUGCCCUCUACGGAGACGCAGUGGAGGUGGGCAGCAGCGUGCAGGUGGUCUGGAAUGCAGUUGAGCAGUGCACCGAUAUCACCCAGAUGGAGUGUGACCUGACGGAGCAGACCCACGACAUGGAGGAGGCCUACUACGGCAGAGUGAGGGUCAGCGGGCCCAACGGCUCCUCGGACUGGACUGAGACCGAUGGCAGGUUCCGGCCCAUGUCUGAGACGGUCUUGGGCCCCCCUCAAAUGGAGGUAACCCUGCGAGAAAACUACCUGCGGGUGCUGCUCAAGGGUCCGUACAGAUGGAGGAGCGGGAGGACGAGGGGACGUCAGUCUCUCUGGUCCGUCUUCCCUCACAUGGUCUACAACGUGUCCGUCUACAACAACAGGAGCAAGCACAGGCACUUCUUCCUCCUGACUAACGGCUCCCUGACCCUGGGGCCGCUGGACUUCGACACGGGCGUCUGCGUGACGGCGGAGACGCACUCUCUGUCCCGCCACCUGGACAGCCAGCCGACCCUCCCGGCCUGCGUCCACACGCCCAGAGAUCCGUUCACCACUCACAUGCUGGUGGUUAUACUGGGAGGUCUCGUCCCUGCCACCAUCUGCCUGUUUGUGCUGGCUGUGGCCGGGGGGUGUGUUUAUUACUACAUCCACAGCCCACCCGAGAAGCCCCCCCGGAGCACGGACCUGGUUCACGUCGGGGAGACACGACAGACGUUCCAGCCGGAGAAGCCACUGAUCAUCAGCCUGCGCCUGGUCACCGCCAGCCUGGGCGCAGGGGAUCCCACGCUGGGGUUCCUGGAAACGGAGCACCUGCUGCCGGUGAAGGCCCGUCCGCUCCCCGCGGCCACGCCGGCGCCGGCGGUCAGCGUGACGGGGGAGGCCCGUGGAGGUCCCUACGCAUCACAGAACGCGACCCAGGCAUCGGGGGGCGAGACAGAGGACGCGACCGAGACCGCCUCGAACGGCGACUCCGGUCCUUGGUGCGACGGCAGUUUCCCAGACGACAGUUACGGGCUGGUCAUUGGCACCCUGCUGCAGCAGGACGAACAGGCAGACGGGAGGGCGGAGGAUCCCUCGGUGCGCGGGGUCGAUCUUUCCAUUUUGCAGAGCAGAGCGGGAGAAGGAGGAGGGGAGAAGUGUGAAGGGACAGAGGAGGAGGAGGAGGAGGAGGAAGGAGGGCUAAAAUUAGACUGGAACCCCCAAACCGGGGUGCUGAAAAUCCCUCAGGUCUGCCCGUUGGGCUUGGAGGAUCUCGACGCCUCCGGCGCGGGGGAGGAGAGCCCCGUCUUGACCAGCGUGGUGGUCCGGCAGUGUUCCGAGGAGAGCCGAGAGGAUGACGUCUUCGCUGAGAUGGAGGAGGUUUGGGGACUACAGAUCCAGAGCAGCCUUGAGUGAGCGCAGGAGGACCGGGGGUCUCUAGAGCGUAGACUGGGGUCUGCGAAUCACACGACUCCUUGCUCCUACUUCUGAUGGUCACUGACUGUUUCUGAAGGAUUUGUCUGAUCACUGAAUGACGCAUAAUUUUAGAACUGAGCAUAACUGGUGUCUUUCUAGCUGUUUUUAUUAAAUGAAGACUUAUAUAUAUGUGUAUAUAUGUGUAUAUAUACUUGAACUAACUAUCUAUCUA